GACGCCUAUGAUGGAAAAUACGACACCUUUGAUCCUUUCAUGGGCCAACUUUAUCUAUUAUUUUCUGCUAAACCGGCCGUCUAUGUUAACGACCAGAUGAAAAUUAUUACCGCCCUAUCCUUUAUGAAGAAAGGCUUUGCGGGAACUUGGGCAGUCAAUGUUACGAAGCAGCUGAGGGAGGGGACUGUCAUAUUUGCGAGUUGGGCUGCAUUUGAGAGAGAGUUGAAAGAGGUGUUU